AUGUCAGAAGAUUUGGUUGAUUUGGACUUUGGUACUACGACAGAGUCACCAUCGGCAGCAGCAAUGCCAAUGUCAAAUGAAGCGUUGAUAUCAUAUGAUUCACCAAGUUUGUCGAGGAAGAAUACAAAACCCGCUGCAGCUGUGUCGACACAGGCUGGAGGUGGCGGUGGUGGCAAUUUAUUCGAUGAUCUUGGAAUGGAGGAUCCAGCGACCAAACAACAAAAUGCAGCCAAUGCUGCCAGCAACAACAGCAACAGCAAUCCACUCAACUCAUCUGCCACUCUUAUCGACUUUUCCUCUCCACCACCUUCAACCAAGCACUCUCAUGAUCAAACUGAUAGUAGCAGUUGA